GUCUAUACUUUUAUUCAGAUCAUGCUGUAACUGCAUAAUGCUUUGGACAAUACUAUUAGUUUUGCUACUUUUGAUUUGGAUAAGAUAUAAAAGGUUUGGUUCUGUGUAUAAAACCGACAUUCAAUUAAACGGGAAAACAUUCCUCAUCACCGGGGGCAGUAGUGGUCUUGGAAAAGCUACAGCUAUUGAAAUCGCAAAGCGAGGGGCAAGAGUAAUCAUAGCAUCACGUGGGGAGGAAAAAGCCCAAAAAAGUGUCAGCGAAAUAAAAUUAAAAAGUGGGAAUAGUCAUGUGUACUAUAUGAAGUUGGAUCUCAGUGAUCUGGAUGAUGUCCGAAGAUUUGUUCAGGAAUUUAUAGAAAAAGAAGAAAGAUUGGAUUGUUUAGUAAACAAUGCUGGUGUUAUUUCAUCUAUGAUGUCACAGAAUGGACAUGGAAAAAUGUUGUCAAUCAACGUACUUGGACCUUUUCUACUCACAAACUUAUUGUUGCCAGUUUUGAAGGAAACUUCUUUCCAAAAUCCUGUCAGAAUUGUAAAUGUUGCAUCAGAUGUAUAUUUAAUGGCGGAAUUAGAUUUGAGUAACCUUGAUGUGACCCUGGGGGAAAAUGCAACCAUGCAGAACGUUUUAGCACAAUAUGGUGCAACAAAAUUGAUGGUGAUUUAUAUAACAACGGAAUUAAAUAAACGCUUGAGAGCAAAUGACCCACAAUGCAAUGGGAUUACAGCGUACGCUUUGCACCCUGGAACCGUGGGUUCAACAACUCUUGGGGCUGGAUAUUCACAUAAAAGCAAAUUUCAUACUUUCAUGAGGUUUCUAACAUUUGCACUCACAUCCCGACCCCCUUUUUAUUGUUGUCAAACUGUGCUUUACUGCUGUAUGGAAGAUGGGUUGCAGAGCGGAGGUUAUUAUGCUGAUAUGAAGAUGAAUGACCUUUGGCCCCAUGCUAAGGACCCCACUGUUGCCAGAAAGUUAUGGGAUCGGUUGGAACAUAUGACAGGGCUGUAUUGACUGAGAUAUUCAAUGACAGGAUUUUUUUUUCCCGGGAGAGAAAAGCCAACGUAUUGCAAACGAAGGCCUUUCGCAUAGCUAUUGGAUGGCUUUCCCAGCUUUUGGGAAUUUAUCGUAUUUAUUGCAUUGACAAAAACAUUUGUCCGGCCCGUUUCAACACAGUUUGAGUCAUAUCUGGCCUGCGGUCGAAAAAGUUUGGUAUCCCCUGUUCUAUACCAAUUAGUCGAAUUGAAUGUUUAAAUAGUGUUUGUAUCUCUCAAACCCUUACUGUGGUGAACAUGCAGCACAAGAUAUGUAGCCUAUUUGUGUUUGUAUCCAUUUUAUGAUAUUGCAUUUAAUCAACAUUUAAUCCUAUUUUCACAGUACUUAUUUUCUGCAAUACUGAGGUUUUUCUUAAUUACACAUUUUUUACCUUGUCUCAGGUUUUAUUGCCUCAUUUCACUGAUUAGAUUUUUUCAUUCUUGUAUAUUUUAUCAUUAGUUGAGCUAAUUAUGCAGUCUUUUUCAAGUUCAAACUUUGAGCAAAUAUUCCUAUUUUAUUGAAUAUAUUUCUCUAUUAAAUAUAAAUGAAGCCGAACAAGGCCCUGUCAACAAACAGGCUGAUCCAGGCCGGUUAUAUUUUCUAGAGUAACUGGAACGUCCUUGUUCAUUGCUUGCUCAGUUUAUUCCAGAGUGUGAACUCUGUCCAGUGCAGAGAAAGAGAGCAAUCUUAUUUCCACCAAAAAUUUCGAAAAUUUUUAUAAAAACGCAGUACCCAAGUUAUAUAUUUUUGUGUGAAGGUCAUUGAAGCUCGUGACCAUUUUAUUUAUGCGGUUAUCAAACUGUCAUAGUUGCAACAAUAUGAAAGAGACAGAAUCAUUGCUCUCUUGAGUCACAAGUUAACUAUGAUUCAUAGUAGAUUUUAUAAAUUUGUUUGAAUGAAAAAUCUAAAUACAAGUCACAGUGACGCCAUGACUUGAAUCUUGUGAGUUAUUUCUUCGAAAAUCUUGUAAAUUGUGACAUUGUCUUUCUGUGAGUGGGGGAUUCAUAUCCCGGUGGAUUCAUAUGCAUGUAAUGAUUGAAUAAAGACAACUAUUCUAUGUGCUUCGAGAGUCUUGUUAGUAACAAACAUAUUUGUUUUCGUGCGUAAGAAGACUCUUGAACACCUUUAAUUUAUCUAGUAAAUUAUUAUUAUUUGACAUAAAUGCUAUCACAGGGCCUGAGAUAUAUAUGCGUUUGUAUUAAUUUCAUGAGCUUGUAUUUUCGGAGAGCAAAUGGAACAUGUAACCCUUGUUUAUGCAAUACUGAAGUUUUCCUCGUGUACACAUUUUUUAACUUGACUUAGAUUUUAUUGCCUUAUUUCACUAAUCAGAUUUUUUUCUUUCUUCUACAU